UACUGAAGAUAAAAUGACAAAGAUAAACUUUCCUUACGUAAAAAGCAGAAAAGGUGCGCUAAAAAUCAUCGAACUGGUAGCGACAAUUUUAGCAUUUUCGACAAUGAUUGCUGCUGGGAAUGGUCUUACGUACUUGCGUAACGAGACGUACUACAGUCGUUACGAUUUCUUCCUGGCUACGCACGUCAUAGGGUGUUUGGUGUCGCUAAUCAUCUCUCUAGUUCAUACUCUGUCCAUGCAAGACAUACUGGGAACAAGCAAAAUAUGGAGUUAUUUGAACCUAGUCUUCUGUUCCCUUUUAACGGUUCUUUGUGGUGCGUCCGCUGGCCUCAUGAUCGUGUACGCGGAGAAUGAACACCAGAGCUUGUUUUACAAGAUUAACUAUCCMACAUGGAGAAGGUAUACCGGACUUCGUAUCUCAGCAAUUACCUUUGGUUUUGUCUCGAGUGUCUUCUAUUCGAUGGAUGCAGUUUUCCAGUUCAUAGAGCUUUCUUGAGCGCAUGUCCUUUGGCUCGGAAUUUCAAUCUAUUCGACUUUAAAGCUCGACUCAAACKUCGAACUUCACAUAUGCUGAAGUCAAUGCAAAUGAGAUCACGAUGAGUAGAAAGCCACUGAAAUAGAUUAAAAGUAAUAAGCAUUGGAGUUGGUACUUGUGAAAUACGACGUUUUUGAUCUAUCAGAAGUUAGCGUCAUUGCAUUCUAAAAAUGCCAAUCCUGUCGUGCGUAAUAAUUAGGAUUCAGGCAUGAUCUCUGAAGACAAAGACUAUGGCAUAGAGUAGCAAAUAAUCCUCGGGUUACUACAACCUCUAAGUCUAAGGCGAUGGUGAAACGAUUCUGAAACCUAAAUUGUAUUAAAUAUGUGAGUUYCAGUUAUGAGACAAAAUCUAUUGGAAUAUAUAGACACAAAAGAUGAAACAAUCAACAGACAAAGCUCARCAGUUAAAAACAUUGGACAAAAAGGACUGCAUGGCGAAAAUCUUAACAAAUCAAUUAAUCAAAGUUUUUUCUUCAUUGUUUCAUCGGCGCCUAUUCAGACAAUACUYUUGUCAUUAGAUUUCAUAUUCAUUAAGUCACAUGUGACUAUAUCUUCGAGAUCAUAAAAUCUAUGGAAUUKGCGGGGUUUACGCUCGAAUGAGAAGCCAGAGUAAACAUCGUAAGUGAAAAGUCGUGACACAACAACUUGUUUUGGCCGGAGCCCACCAAAAAAAACACAAACGAACAUUGAAAACUUGUAACAAUUAAUUUAUCUGAGGUGAAUUAAAACGAAAGUAAAUCAAGAAGACAACAAAAAGUGUGUGCCCAAAAUGAGUAAAUAAUAAACAUUAU